CCUGAUCUCGGGCGGGCUGGGGUGGCGGCCUCCUGGCCUUUGAGCCUGCCCGUGGCGGGGGGUGGUGUCUCCCGGCAGUGCCGGUGCUCCCUGCCCGCAGUGACCGCGCUGCUCGGCACUACCGCGUCCCCGGUUUUACUGUGGUGAGACCUGGCCGGAGGGGCCCCGGGCUCUGCCAGGAACUUGAGGAAACUGCCUCACUCCUUCCCCAACAUGUGUGUUACCCACUGGUACCUGCUGGAAGGGAUGGUGCUACAGCCACAGGAACAGCAGCGGAGCAAAUGGGAGUAGCAGAACUUGUUCAGCAAUUUCUUUCUCAAGCAUGAUCUGCCAGAGCUGAACUUGAUCUCCAACUCAUCCUUUGGAGCUUUAAUUGAGCCUUUGUAAGAGCCAGGAAGGAAGAGGUGUUCAAUUGCUGCUUAAUCCAGCAAACUAAUUACUGAUUGGACUUCAUGACCUUCAGUUCCUGAGCCUGCUGAACUCCCCAGCCCCAAAACUUCGCACCAUGGACCAGGAUUACGAGAGACGCCUCCUACGCCAAAUCAACAUACAGAAUGAAAACACAAUGCCCUGUGUAGCAGAGAUGAGAAGAACCCUGACACCUUCCAAUUCUCCAAUGUCUUCUCCUAGUAAGCAUGGUGACAGAUUCAUUCCCUCAAGAGCUGGGGCCAACUGGAGCAUCAACUUCCACAGAAUAAAUGAAAAUGAAAAAUCACCGAGUCAAAACAGAAAAGCAAAAGAUGCUACAUCAGACAAUGGCAAAGAUGGCCUUGCUUACUCUGCCUUGCUGAAGAAUGAACUCUUAGGAGCAGGGAUUGAGAAAGUGCAAGACCCACAGACAGAAGAUAGGAGGCUGCAGCCAUCCACCCCAGAGAAGAAGUCUCUUUUCACUUAUUCACUCAGCACAAAACGCUCUAGUCCGGAUGAUGGCAAUGAGGUCUCACCAUAUUCCCUGUCUCCUGUCAGCAACAAAAGUCAGAAGCUGCUAAGAUCACCUCGAAAACCAACUCGAAAAAUCUCAAAGAUUCCUUUCAAAGUGUUGGAUGCCCCAGAACUGCAGGAUGAUUUCUACCUGAACCUGGUGGAUUGGUCCUCUCUUAAUGUCCUCAGUGUUGGCCUUGGGACUUGUGUUUACCUAUGGAGUGCUUGCACUAGCCAGGUAACCCGACUCUGUGAUCUCUCUGUGGAAGGAGAUUCUGUAACAUCUGUGGGCUGGUCAGAACGGGGGAACUUGGUGGCUGUUGGCACUCACAAGGGCUUUGUACAGAUCUGGGAUGCAGCUGCAGGAAAAAAACUCUCCAUGCUAGAGGGGCACACAGCCAGAGUUGGUGCCUUGGCAUGGAAUGCAGACCAGCUGUCUUCUGGGAGCAGAGACAGGAUGAUCCUCCAGAGGGACAUCCGCACCCCACCCCUCCAGUCCGAGCGGCGGCUCCAGGGCCACAGGCAGGAGGUCUGUGGGCUCAAAUGGUCUACAGACCACCAGCUCCUGGCCUCAGGAGGAAAUGAUAACAAGCUCCUUGUCUGGAAUCACUCCAGCCUGAGUCCUGUCCAGCAGUACACAGAGCAUCUUGCAGCAGUCAAAGCUAUUGCUUGGUCUCCACACCAGCACGGGCUCCUGGCCUCUGGUGGGGGCACAGCCGACCGCUGCAUACGCUUCUGGAACACGCUCACUGGGCAACCUCUGCAAUGCAUUGACACUGGGUCCCAAGUCUGCAACCUGGCCUGGUCAAAACAUGCCAACGAGCUGGUGAGUACCCACGGAUAUUCGCAGAACCAAAUCCUUGUCUGGAAAUACCCCUCAUUAACUCAAGUAGCAAAGCUAACAGGGCACUCCUACAGAGUCUUAUAUCUGGCAAUGUCCCCUGAUGGAGAGGCCAUAGUCACAGGAGCUGGAGAUGAAACCUUGCGCUUCUGGAAUGUCUUCAGUAAAACUCGCUCAACAAAGGAGUCUGUAUCCGUUCUCAACCUCUUCACCAGGAUACGAUAAAUCCCAUCUCAUGUGACCCAGGAAUCCACAGCCUGACAUACCAGGAUCAAACCACUACCUUGGUGUGCAUGGAACCCCAAAUGAUCAGCCAGACAGGGAGGGAGUGCUGCUGGGACUGGAGGACAGGAAAGUCUUAAGAAUCCAAGAAAUGCUAAUUAAAUAAGUGUUAGUGAACCACGCCAGGCAGUAUUUGGGAUGGGGUUGGGGAGGGAACUGCAAAAGGUUUACAGAUUCAUCCUUCAUAAAGGGAAACGGGUACAGGAGAAAUGUUAAACCAGCAUCUUCCACCCCUCCUGUUGUAUCCUGGAGGAAGCAUGUAUGACAUGGACCAUUGAGACCGGACCAAGGCCAUCCCAGCUGCUCUCUUGUCCUUUCUUGGGAGAGUUGAGAGUAUCCUUGCCUCUGUGGGAGCAGGUGUCCCUCUAUCAGAUGGUCAUCAUUGGAGGUAGGAGCCAGCCAGAUUUGUUCAGUACAACUGGUGCAAGGCAGCUGAACUCCAGGCUGGGUGUUCACCUCUCUGCUUAUCUAAGGGCACUUUUCAUAGCCUGGCAUCCCUACUAACUGAAGAAACUGGAGAACUGCUUAUUUUUCCUUUUUUAUUCUCCCCCAGCAGGUACUAUAGUACUUGAUACAAUCAUUCCCAAAAGACGGCUUGAUUUUUUUAUUUUUUAAUUUUUCCUAAUUUUUUUUGGGGGGGGGGCCAUGCUUGACAGCUGUCUUUAAACAGAUGUAUUUUGGGGCUCUAAACUUUGGAGGAGACUUGAAGAGGCUCUGCCUCAGAGCACAUUCAAAAGUUCUGAAAUUGCUAUGGCAUGUUCUGGGCUGAUCCUUUUAGUUAACAGAGAGGAAAAACACUGGCUAAAAGAGAAAACCAACCACCAUGCCUGUGGAGCUUCCACAGUGCUGUUUGUGGCCAGCUGGUUGCUCUGGAGUCUUCCUGAGGACAAAAGCAGUUGAGAUGUGUUUGAGAAGCAAAACUCAGAUCUGUUUUUUGGAGCGAGCAUGGCCUCUUCUGGCUGGAAGGGGGGAAACACCACGUCUGGGUGAGAGGUGGGGUUCUUUUCUAAAGCAAGGAAGAGUCUUGUGUUUUUGGGGUUUUUUUUGUUUUGUUUUUAAUCUCCAAGUCAAAGCCAGGGACCUGUUGGGGUGUUUUUGUUUUAUUUUGUUUUUUUUUCUUUUUUGAGCUUUUGUUUUGGUUUUUUUUUUUAAAUUGUAUGGGAAAAGAAUGUUUGUGUGUUUGGAGCCUGUGUGCCGAGUGCUGUGGGAUGUGAUGCAAAGCACUUGUGUAUAUGUGAUGCUUUUAAUUUAAAGAGAAGCUGUCUUGCCUGCAGCAGCCAGUUCCUGUCUGUCUCUGUGCCUGUGCCAAGGCUCUUCAUGCCUCCUGCCCUCCCGAGUGUGCUGGGAUGCAAGUGCUCUUUCCAGUUCUCAUUUGGAUUUUCCUGGCUGUGUAUAUAGACCUUGAUCUGUUCUCCGUAGUGUGUGUGUGUAGGCAAUACUUUUCUGUCUCUUUUUUUUUUUUUUCUUUCCUGAACCAAGACCAUAGAGGUGGUGGUAGGAAUACGAUUGUCUCUCCCCAUUGCCAUCAGGAUCCAUAGGGAAGACUGGGACAGAGAAGGAUGGUGAGGUGCUGUUCUGUUCGCUACAGCCUUGACCACGUGUAUGACCACAUGUGCCAUCACACCAGUGCCUGCAUUGGGGUGCUGGCGCUGCUUCUGGGUGUCACAGGUACUGGGAGUCACUGGUGAGGAACUUGGGUGCUGGGAGGUCGCUGCUCCUUAGCACUGAGUCUCCGAAGCCCAAAAUGGCAGCCACAUGCUCAUCUUACAGCCUUGCCUGCUUCUGAAAUGAAUUUUCAAUGUAAUUCCUGAAACACUGUUUCAGCACAGCUAUUCUAUCACAGUUCUUGCUGCAAGAGUGUGGGUUUGGUUUAUAAAUCAUCCAGUGGCCUCCUGUUGUGUGUCACAGUCACUGUUGGAGCUGAUGUUGAAGGGCUACCACAGAGCACUGAAGUGUUGUUAAAAUUAAGUGGGAUCUUUAAGCUUAAGCUGGCAAGCAGGGCUGAAGUGAAAGGCCUGGUCUGUCACCAGGUCUGUUCUGAGAGUUCUUACCCUGUUGGAUAUGGGUGGUCGAGGCUGCAUUCACAGCUGCACCUCAGAGGACACAGCCCCUUGUUACUCUAUUCCUACAUCCAGCUCCUUUCUUGCCAGGGUCUUUCACAAAUGUCAUUUCUUGCUUUUCUCUCUUUGGAGCUGCCUUGAGAGCAGGCUGGCUCGUCCUGACUUGAGAGGGAGGGAGAGCCAAGUCAUGGCUGGGAACCAGCUGGGAGAUUGACUUCACCUUUCACCACCUCACUGUGGCUGCCAGGCCACAGACCUGCCUGAGAGAGAGAGAGAGAGUGUCUGUGUGUCUGUGUCCCAGUGUCCCCGUCCUGACUCAUGCAGGGGAGUAGGGGCUGGAGUGUGCUGUGGCCUGUGAAAUGUAGAAAAGAGCAAAGCUAAUGUAAGGUUGUGUUUUCAGUGUGUGACCUGUAAGCUCUAAGCCAGGCAGGCAGGUUGAGCAAAGGGCCCUCCAGAAGACUGUGUGAUAAAGUCUGGGACCUCGUGGCAUUGUGACAUUUAAGGCAUCAUAUGGUGGGGGAAAAAAAUAGAGAGAGCAUUGUAACUUUUCCAUGUGAAACAAUCUAACUGGCAUUAAACAAGUUGU